ACUAAAACAUUAUUACAAACUCAAUAAUUCGUUGAACAUCUAUCGCUUGGCUGCCUGUCUCUGUCUAUGUUCGUUUCCUCUCUUUUUUCAGCCAUUAAAUCUCAUCUUAUCGACUUCAGUUUUUUACUUGUCGAUUUGGCUCGGUUGCAGAUUAUGGAUAGUGGUCCAGGUCCAAGUUUGUAUCCAUUGCACCGCUGCAAAACUAUUCAUCUGGUGAGGCAUGCACAAGGAUUGCAUAAUGUCGAGGGAGAAAAGAACUACAAAGCAUACUUGAAUCCUGAAUAUUUGGACGCCCCUCUCACUCAACUAGGCUGGCAACAGGUUGAUAAUUUGCGCAAGCAUGUCCAUGCAUCUGGGCUCUCCAAGAGGGUUGAAUUAGUUGUUACAUCCCCAUUGCUCAGGACAUUACAAACAGCUGUUGGAGUUUUUGGAGGGGAGGGCUACACAGAUAGGACAAAUGUACUGCCACUAAUGGUGGCAAAUGUUGGAAGCAGUGGUCGAGCAGCAAUUUCAAGCCACAAUUCUCCACCAUUCAUUGCAGUAGAAGAUUGUCGGGAACAUUUUGGUGUACAUCCUUGUGACAAGAGACACGAUGUCAGUGACUAUCAAUUUCUCUUUCCUGCAGUUGACUUUUCGCUGAUAGAAACAGAUGAGGAUGUACUGUGGAAGGCUGAUGUGAGAGAGUCAACUGAAGAACUUGCUACAAGGGGACUGAAGUUUCUUAACUGGUUGUGGACUAGGAAAGAGAAGGAGAUAGCAAUUGUUACCCAUAGCGGGUUUUUGGUUCAUACAUUACGUGCAUUUGGAAAUGACUGCCAUCCAUCAGUGAAGAAAGAAAUGUGCACACGCUUUGCUAACUGUGAGCUUCGAUCUAUGGUCAUUGUUGACAGAAGUAUGAUUGGAUCAGAUGUUUCAACAACUAACUAUCCUGGAAAGGUUCCUCCUGGAACGGAUCUCCCUAGUGAUGAUGCCGAGGAAGAAGCACCCAAUUCAAUUUAGGGGAUGAACAGGUUGACAUUGAUUUGUGCAUUGAAAAUGAAAUGUUUGGCGUUCUUGGAGAAUUGUGGCCUCUUUGCUCCAAUGUUCCCUCCUUGUACUGGUAACUGAGAUGCAUUCGCAGCCAGAGUCGUGUUAUUUGGAAGGCUAAAUUAUAAAUACCUUCUGAACUUGGGCGAAAAAA